CGGAGCGCGAGUACAGCAAAUCAUUUUGGGUGCGCAAUCAAAAAUAUUCUGUAAAACUUACUUAGAGUGCUCGAGCAUCCAAAAAACAAGGCUUAUUUCGGAAAAAACAACAACAAGAAAAUCAAGUUAAAAUUAAAAAUAAAAAAACAAUAACAGUUUAAAAUAUAUGUGCAAGCAAGCCAAAAUUCGGAGUCAAGCCAGAUAAGUCUGGAAAAAUAAAAAAGUGAUCGAACGUGUCACAUCAGUUACAUAUACGUUUCAUAUAUUUUACGCCAUCAUGACAACAGUUUUCUCUAGUAAACAAUUCAGUUUGUGCUUCUUGGUGUUGUUGUGUCUACACUUUGUUGUAAUUGUCGGCAAUGCUGAAAGCCAGCAUCAUCAUCGUCAGCAACGUCAGCCUUACGGCGGUUACACUGUUGACUCCCGUAAUGCGGACGAUGCAUCAAAUGAUGUGUCGCCGUAUCAGCGCUCUUCCUAUCGCGGUAGAGAUACUGCACGCAAACAGUUCAAUGAGAAUGAUGUAAAUUAUCAGUAUGGUAAUCGGCAGUUGGCAACACCGGGUGCAGAGCAGCUGCCGCGCCGUCAACUGCGGAAACAACAACAGCGUCUAGAGAAGCAGACGAGAAGUCAGGUGCCACCCAUUGAAAUGACAUCGGAGAAAAACAAGUGCCAUAUUUGGGUACCCGUGGAGCUGAUCAACAAAUAUCCGCAUGCGCAACGCAUUCAAUUGGAUCAACGCAAUCAACAGCAAAAACUUCUAGUCUGCUGCGCUGGCUAUGCGCCAUUACGUUGGCGCGGCAACACACUCUGCCAGCCGCUGUGUGAGAAUUGUCGCAACGGACGCUGUAUUGCGCCCAAUGUAUGCGAAUGCUUCGACAAUUUCGUCGCCAACGAUAAUGGCGAUUGUGUGUUCGCCUGUCCGUUGGGUUGUCUGAACGGACGCUGCUUUCUUGAUGGCACCUGCCAGUGUGACGCCGGCUUUAAGUUGGAUGAGACGCGCAAAUUUUGUCGACCCAUUUGCAGCAACGGCUGUGGCAUGAAUCCGCGUCACAAUUGCACCGAACCCGAGGUGUGUGGCUGUGCGAAGGGUUACCAACUAACAAAUGAUGGCUGUGUGGCAGCAUGCGAUCCGGAUUGCGGUGAGGGUGGCGAGUGCCGUGAGCCGAACCUAUGCUACUGUACACCGGGCUAUGAACUCAAGGAUGGUGUGUGCCAGCGCGAAUGUUAUCAGAAAUGCGACAAUGGCAUUUGCUAUAGCAACAAUCGCUGCAUCUGCAAUCCCGGGUUUACAUAUCAUGAACGCUCGACACAAUGUGUGCCCAAUUAGUUUUAGUAACAUGCUAGCAUAUUUCCUUAGUUUUGUGGGUAUAGGUGUGAUAAACUUAGUUGUCUUGUGAUAGUAAUUAUAAACACGUUAAAAUUAUUAUAAUAAAUAUAAAAUAUUAAUCCUAAU